AUCAAAAUCAGUGUUGAUUUUGAUGAGCUGCCAAAAAUGGUUUUACCAUUUGCAUUGAAUUUAAAUCCUGGUUUACCUGCAUAUGUUCAACAGCAAAUAGUUAAACAAGAAUUACAAAGACGCCAAGAUGAAGCAGCUGACACGAUUACAACUAAUCCGAUCAUAGCAAAUCGGGCUAUUUUCCAGCGGGGUGGUUUGGGAAGAAACGAUAUAGAUAUUCUGAUUCGUUAUUUUGCGUAG